ACAACAUAAUCAAACAAAAAAAAAGAAAAUAUACAAAAAGUUGAUAGUAGGGUACAAGUUCGCUUUUGAUCACUGUCCUCAAAAAGAGAGAAAAAGGACCAACUGAAAUGGGGCGCUGGGUGAGACCUGAGGUGUACCCUCUUCUUGGAGCAAUGGGAUUUGUUACAUCUAUGGUUGUGUUUCAACUCACAAGGAAUGCAUUAUUAAACCCUGACUGCAGGAUAAGUAAAGAGAAUAGAAAAAUGGGAAUUCUGGAAAAUGAAGAUGAAGGAGAAAAAUAUGCACAACACAAUCUUCGCAAGUAUUUGAGGACCCGUCCGCCUCAAGUUAUGCCUUCUCUCAAUCGUUUCUUCUCUCAGGAGGACAAUUAAACCGUUUCACCUUAUCAUAAAAGUUACUUAAAUACUGAUUAUACAAAUUGAAUCUAGUUUGGAAAUGCUUAAUGUGUAUUGUAAUAGCUAGUUUCAGAUCAUCGCUUGUUUAAUAUAUAUACAAUAAAAGGUUGAGACAUGUCGCAUUACCAUCCUAGUUCUUAAAACCAUAUAUUGUCCGGUGAGCAGGACCCGUAAUGGCAGAGCCAAAAUAUUUAAAGAAAAUUACGUAAAUAUAAGCCCAUAAAUCUAUAUUAAUAU